AUGUCUAUUUGUCUUUCUUUCAAUAAUUCUGAAUCUCGAUUCGGCGUCAACCGAGGAAUCCCACACGAGGAAGCAUUUGGAUUAAUAACGGGUUUUGGAGUCUUUGCUUUCUGCAUUGGAUGUUUCUCCAGUUUUAUUCGGAGAGUUGUGUACCACGACAAGAAUUUGCUUGAUGUGGCAUUUGACGCAGGCGGAAAAGUCAACGUCGGUCUGACAUCGACCACCAUCGUUUCUCAAUGGACUUGGGCGGCAACCUUGUUACAGUCAUCGACUGUCGCCAGUAAGUAUGGUAUCAGCGGCCCAUUCUGGUACGCUGCAGGGGCGUCAAUACAAAUUCUACUGUUCGCCAUGAUAUCUGUCCAACUGAAGAUCAAAGCUCCUGGAGCUAAAACCUUCCUUCAAGUGAUCAAGGCUCGAUUCGAUUCCCGAACACACAAAACGUUUUGUGUCUUUGCACUAAUGACAAACGUUAUCGUCACCGCCAUGUUGAUGUUAGGUGGCGCCGCUGUACUGACCAGUCUUAUCCAGAACAUAUCGGUUGAAUAUGCAACUGUGCUGAUUGCGGCAGUCAUCGGAGCAUACACGCUGAUUGGUGGACUCGGCGCCACUGUUUACGUGUCAUAUUUCAACACAGCCAUUAUCUACAUCAUUAUGGUCAUUUUCAUUAUGAAAAUAUACAACGACCCUGAUUCUCCCGACAACCCCCUUGGAUCUAUAGAGAAAGUUUACACAUUACUCAAUUGCACGGAGGGACCCAGUGACAACAGUGGAAGCAGCUAUCUCACAAUUCUCUCGAAACCGGGGCUCAUGUUUGGUCUCAUCAAUAUCGUAGGAAACUUUGGAACAGUGUUUGUUGACCAGUCCUAUUGGCAAUGCAGUGUAGCAGCAAAGCCGAAGGAGGGCGUAAUUGGAUUUCUGCUAGGAGGCAUCUGCUGGUUCGCAAUUCCUUUCGCUCUGGCUACUACCACUGGAUUAGCCUACAUUGCCCUUGGCACGACACAGAAUGGCCCGCUACUAAGCGUUGACCAGGUGGAUGCUGGGUUGGUACCACCGGCCGUUGCGCAGAGGCUUCUUGGAAGGAGUGGAGAGUUUCUUAUUAUCAUCAUGAUCAUCAUGGCGGUAACAUCCACGGGGUCAGCAGAGGUCAUCGCAGUGACGUCAAUUCUUGUCUAUGACAUAUAUCAACUAUAUCUUAAGCCUUACCGUCUUGUGCUUGACGCAAAUAGCUGCCUACUCUGCGGAAAAGCCCGAGGUCGGAUGUCCAACCCACGUGAUAAAUGCACGUGUGAAAGCAUGCUGUACUGUAUUGCAUGUAAAGAGGACAAUAAACAGCGCGAGAAUUGGAAGCGCGCUAUUAAGCCGCCAUACUCGUGCACGGUGCACGGAAAAUACCGGGAAUAUACGGACUACUUAUCCACACUCAAAAACUGGUGUCUACUUUGGUCAACCAUCGCCAUUCUCCCACUCACUAUCUUCCUCGACCUUACUGGAGUGAGUUUGGCGUGGGUUUACAUGUUUAUGGGUAUCCUGAUUGGCUCCGCGGUAAUUCCAAUAGCGCUCAGCGUGUCCUGGGAUCGACUGACAGGAGAGGCUAUGAUUGCAGGCAGUAUCUCAGGCACAAUUUUAGCAGUCAUUGUCUGGCUGUCGGUCGCUUCAACAUACGAAGGCGGUCUUGGUCGUUUCCUUGAAAACACAGGACGAGAGAUGCCACUUCUUUGCGGCAACAUUGUGGCAAUCAUGUCUGGUGGCAUUAUCACCGUAGUAACCAGUUUCGUUCAGUCUUGGAAGUAUGGCUCGAUACCACGUGAGGAAAUCUGGGAAAAAACACGUGACAUCGAUAGCCCUCUAAGUCCAUGGACACAACUUUAUGAGAAAGAUCUAAAUAUAACAGGUGCCCAUCAGCUUGACAACCGGCCCGCGUUAGCAGAAGUUGAACGUCACUUCCGGAGUUCCAAGAUAAUGGCCUACGUUGGGGGCCUAUUGGGCUCAGUCUUGCUUGUUGUGGUUUGGCCUUCAGUACUUAUAUCUGUUGAUAUCAUGGAUCAGUCCGAUUUCCAUAACUGGGUUAUGCUUGCCAUUGUGUGGGCGGUUGGGGCGACUAUCUUCAUCAUUAUAUAUCCGUUGUUGACUGAAGCAUGGGAUAUUCAUCAUGCGUUUAAGGAGAGACGCCAGGUCAGCCCCGAUAUGUGGACCAAACCGUCCAAGCAAACACCAGGCAAGCCGAAAAACGUCGGAAAGGUACCAAGACCAGUUAACCAAAAUUCUACUUCUGAAAAGCCUUCUAUCAGUAAGGAAAAUGAGGACGGAAAUGAUACUGGUAAUAUAGAGGAAGGAUACACUGACCCCAAUCUUAUCAACAACAUUACGGAGACAGGUGAACCGAUAGGAAAACGAUUUUCACAGACACAAAUGAACGAUUCUAAUCAUAUAUGA